CCCUGCGCCGCUCCUCCUCCGGCAGCUCCCGGGCAACGCCGGAAGUCACGGCGCGCACCUGCCAAAUCGCCCCGGCGGGAAACCGCUCCCUGCGCGGACGGGGCCGCCCUGGCUCCUGUGCGGGUCGGGGCAGCGGAGGGAGGCUCCGCUUUGGGUCCAGCCCGGUCGCAGCGAUGGGUGAAGGGGAGGGUCUGCUGGGACCGCGGCGGGCAAGCGGGGCCUCGAGUGGCAGCCCAGGCCGGCGGUGCCGCACCGGGUCGGGGUAUAGCGUGGACAGCCUCUCCAGCUCUACGUCGCUGGCCGGAACGCGAUCGCGUGAAGCGACGGGACCGCCGGACUGUAGCGCGAGGCACCGUGGGCCGGACCGCCGAGGUGCGCGCCCGGAAGCAGCCGGCGGCUGCCUUGGAAGCCAUGGCCACCACGGUUUUGGGAGCUGCCGCGCGUGCUCUGCGUUCGCCGUGCUGGCGUCUGGGGAUUUGGCAGACACAGGUUAGAGACACCCACCAGCGAGCAUCAUUGUUGUCUUUCUGGGAACUCAUCCCCACGAGAGCAGAACCUCUGAGAAAGAAGAAGAAGGUGGAUCCUAAAAAAGACCAAGCUGUAAAGGACCGCUUGAAAAAGAGGAUCCGAAGACUAGAAAAGGCUAGCCAGGAGCUAAUUCCCAUUGAAGAUUUUAUUAUCCCUGUGAAGUUCAUGGAUAAAGUGAGACAGCGGCCUGAGGUAGAGCUCUCCUUCGAGGAGGCAGAACGGAGAGCUUUGCUCCUGAAGAAGUGGUCCCUGUACAAGCAGCGAGAGCAUGAGAUGGAGAGGAAAGCCAUCAAGUCCAUGCUUGAGGCCCAGCAGGAAGCUCUGCAGGAACUGCAACUCACAUCCCAGGAACUCUAUGCGGAGGCCAUCAAGCGGGACUACAAUCUGUUUCCCUUUGAGAGAGAAGGGCCAGCUUACACACCACCAAUCUCCAACUACCAGCCCCCUGAAGGCAGGUACCAUGACAUUACUAAGGUGUACACACAGGUGGAGUUCAAGAGGUAGAACUGCAGGCAGCUGUCUGAACGCGCUGCCCUUGAAAGCCAGAAUGACCAGAGCUUGCUCAAGCCUGCUUGUCACGGAAUUAGGCAUUCUGGGAAUAAAUGUGAGUUUAAUCAAG